CAAAAAGGGGACGGGUUGCCAUGGACUUCAGCGUAUGAAAGCAUAGGGAUUUGAUUUUGCAGGGAAUCAUAGCAGAACUGAGACAGGAAUUGCACUCAAUUCAUUUUCUACAGAGCCCGAAAAUCCCACGAAAUAGCGAUUGCAAUGGCUCCGAAGAAAACUGUUAAGGCACAAGUCAAAAAAGAUGCCAAGCCGCAGCAUGCGAAUAGGAAUGGAAAGAAAGCAGAGGCUGCAGGAGGAUCCUCCUUCUUCACCUGGUUCAUGAUUCUGGCUCUCCUGGGCGUCUGGACAUCUGUAGCUGUGGUGUACUUUGACCUUGUUGACUAUCAAGGUGUAGUCGCCAAAGCAAAGGACUUGCACUAUAAUCUUUCAGAGGUAUUACAAGGUAAACUUGUAUCCUAUGAUGCUGAUGGUGAUGGAGACUUUGAUGUGGAAGACGCUAAAGUUCUACUAGGACUGAAAGAUAAGCCCACCCUUGAGACCAGUGAAUCAGUUGAGGAUAAACCUGCUGAACAUUUGAAAGAAGAGCCGGUUGUGGAGGAAGAGAUUCAAGCCACUAAAGUUGAGAAAAUUGUUCAGUCGCCAUUAGAACCAGAGCCUGUGGAGGAAGAGCCAUUCGUUGAAGAGGAAGAGCCUGUGGAUGUGGAGGAAGAGGAGCCUGUGGAUUUGGAGGAAGUGCCUGUUGCUCUGGAGGAGGAGAAUGUCCUUGGAGAAGAUGAAGAUGCUGAGGAGGAGCAUGAAGUUCCUGAGGAAGAACCAGAAGUUUUAGAAGAAGAGCCAGAGGUUGAGGAAACACAUACAGUUUUAGAGAAUAUUGAGGAGGUAGCAGAAGAGCCUGAAGCAUUUGAGCAAUCUUUACCAUUUGAGGAGGUUAUUGCAGAACAGGCUGCACCAGUGGAGGAAGCUGCACCAGAGGAAGAAGCAUUCGAGGAGGAUGCACCAGUAGAGGAAGCUGCACCAGUGGAGGAAGCUGCACCAGUGGAGGAAGCUGCACCGGUGGAUGAAGCUGCACCAGUGGAGGAAGCAUUCGAGGAGGUUAUACCAGUGGAAGUAGAGGUGGAGGAGGGUACAGCAGUGGAGGUAGAGAUGGAAGUAGAGGUGGAAGAUGACACACCAGUGGAAGAAAUAGUAGAAGUGCCAGAAGAUGAUGAGGAGGAAGUGGCUCCACCAGUAAAAGAGACAGAGGAGGAAGAUGUGAAAGAGGCAGCAACAGAAGAGGAAGGUGAACAAGUAGAUGAAGAAGCAGAUGAGGAAGAACCAGUAGAAGAUGCAGCACCAGUUCAUGAAACACCUGAAGAGACAACUGAGGAGUCGAUCCCUAUUGACGAAACAGUACCAGAAGAAGAAAUAGAGGAAACGGGUCAGGAGGAAGAGGAAGCAGAGCUUGAGGCAGACAAUUUUGAAGAAGAGGAGGAAGCAGAUGUUGAAGAAGAACAGUAUGAGGAGGACUAUGCAGAGGAAACUACCCAGACAGAAGACCAACCUGAGGAGCCCACAGAAACAUAAAGUAUGGAAGAUGCGGAGAGGACCAGCGCCAUGUGACAUUCCACUGAAACUGUGCAGCUGCCAGUUCUCACCCUGGAGUUAAAAAAACAGAGCUUGCUUGUUUUCAUUUUGUUGGAUUUUUGUGUUUGUUUGGAAUCUCAAUCCUGUUUGUUUAUUGAGAAUGUGGUCUUUGUGUACUUUUCUUAAAGGGAUAGUUCACCCAAAAAAUAAUUUUACUCACCCUCAUGUGGUUCUAAACCUGUAUGAGUCACAAAAGAAGAUAUUUUGAUAAAUGAUGGUAAGCACACAGUUGAUGAUAUCCAUUGAAUUCCAUCGUAUUUGUUUUUUGCUAUUAUGGAAGUCAAUGUUUACAAUGUGCUUACCAUAAUUUAUCAAAAUAUCUUCUUUUGUGUUCAUCAGAAAAAUACAUUCAUACAGGUUUAAAAGAACGUAAGGAUGUAAAAAUGAUGACAGGAUUGUAAUUUUUGGGUGUACUAUCCCUUUAAUAUUUUGUUAUAUUUUGUUUUGUUUUUAAUUCCCCUUUCCCCUCACCGAUUCCUGUUUUGUAGUUAAAAAUCAGUUUUCUCUAUCCCCUAACAUAGGUGUGAAGUAGCCAUUUUUUUGAUCAUACAUAAUAGUCGGGUUGUAGUUACCUAUCCUUUGUGUACAAACACCUUCAUGUUGCUUUGUAGCUCAGAGAUCUUCACAUUUUAUUCAGAAUUUAAUUUAUCGGAGCGUCUCUAUUUCUGUCUAAUUUGUUGUUUUGCUUUAAUGUGAAGGUACUAUGCAAAGCUGCACUGAUCUUGCGCUAUGAUCUCAUCUAUUAAGUUUUGUACUACCGAUAUGUAUUGAGUCUACAUUUCCAAUGUUGCAUAUCUAGGACAAGUUUAUGCUGGCAGGUUAACCAAGAUAAUUGUUGUAUGGAGCGAUUGGACGUGCAUGUGCGUGUUUGUAUGUUUGUUUGUGUAUAAUUCUAUGCGAAACAAUCGUUUGAGCCAUUUUUCUCAUAUAUAUGGUUUUUACUUUUCCGUUUUUAGUUUACUGUCAGGACGUAUGUACCUCUAUGUGACUGCUUUGAAAAAAGCUUAAAAAAGCAGAACAUGUCUUUAUAUUUUCAAAAGUCAAAAUUCACAAGCAUUUUUAAAUUACAAAAAAAAAAGGUUCACACCUCAUCCAGUUAUUUUGUGUGGGUUGUAUUCUAUUGUGUGAAGUUUUGACUGUGAUUCUGCUCUUUGAGCUAAAACUACAGCUAAUGUGGGCCAAGGAAGCAUACAGGCCCUGCAUUAGGUUGUCUUGGUCAAAUGGCACCGCCUUAUAUUUGGACAAGAUCUUUUUCAUGCAGACACUCCAGCUGCUGUGCAGCUUCUGUCUAAUAUUUUUGGGCAGUAAAUCAGAGUAAUCAAACAGUGUUGUUUAAUAAUAAUGUCGUCAUAUUUCAUGACUGGGAGUAAUGUCAGAAAUUGUGCUUCAGAUAUGGAGCUGCCUAUUCUAGGAAAUACUUAAAUUUUUAUAGUAGGGUAAAACCUUUUUUCUAGUGGUUCAUCAUCUGUCAAUACAAUAAUUUGUUCAUUAUUUUGUCAGUGUCACUGUAUUUCUGUGCAUUUAUGCAGCCCAUUUCAAAUGCUGGAGACACAUCUGUUAUAAAAGGAAAAGGUAUUGCUAGUAAGUGUAUCUUUGCAUUAUAUAUCUUUAAAACAGCAAACUUGGUUUUUAUUUAUGAAUUCUGUCAUCAUUGUUUAGUUGUAAUAAAAAUACAACGUAGCUCUCAUCCUUAAAUUGUUAUAUUACUUUGAAGGAAACUCAUGUUUGGCUCUUGAAUUGUUUCACUGUGGAUUUAUUUUUCUUUAUGGUAUUGUUUUAUGUACACUGUGGUUUUAAGGGGGCCUGCCAGAAUAAAUUGUUUAUGUGAUAGGCUUUAGGAAAUACUGCAAGUUUCUUAAAAUCAAUGGCUGCAAAAUAGUUUUUAGGGUUUUUCUUUUUACAACACUAUAGAGGGGUUUGACCCUUAACACUUUUGAAGUCAAUGUGAAUUUUUAAAGUGGUAUUAAUAUUGCAUAAUACAGAUUUUUGUGUCUUUUUUUUUUAGAAUUUUUAAGGAUUUCAUUUUUUUAGGAUUUUACAUUUUAAUGUCAAAUUUAAUUUUAACAAAAGUGUUAACUUCUAAAAGCCAUAUGUUAAAGGUUGGAUUUAGCAACCUUGAUAUGGGCCAUACUUUAAUGGACAGACACCUCACAACCAGCAAUAAACCAGUUUGUUAAGAUGUCACUUUUGUUCUUGUCCAUUUACACAGACGUUUACUCAAGACUUUAUAUUUGGAGGUUUACAUGAAAUCCUGCUGUAUAGGCUAACUGGUUUUAAGUAAGUUAUAAGUUAUUGAGGCAAUUUUAGGGAGUUGUGGGUAAUUCUUUCACAAAUCUGUAAACUGUAAAUGUUUUGAGUGCUGCAAUAAAGGUUGGGACAUUGAUAAAGCCA